UCGUGAUGAGUGAGUCAGUGGUAUUUGGCUUUUAUACUGUAUAUAUAGAUUUAUGUAUUCAUUAAUGGUUUGUGUUAUUUGUCCUGUGAUCUAUACUGUAUGUUUGUUUUUGAUGUUUCUGCUUGCACGAUACGUGAUAGGCUCUAUCCACGCUACUACUAUCUUUUCAUUUAAAAACACAGACAUUGGUCUCCGUUUCUGCCUUUUGUCCACACUAAAUGGUCUUUUCAACCCCAAAAAAACAAAGAUUUCUGAAAACGGAUACUAUUCGCAAAAGGAGCGUCAGCAUUAUGCUGUGAGCGGGCGAAAACAGAGUUUCCCGAAAAUGAUACUCUGAUUGCGCUCUGAUUGGCUCGUGUUUAUUUUCCAGACCUUUCCCUGAUUGGUUGCUGCUCAUUACAACAUCUCAUUCACGGAUUGGCCACCACUCACUGAAUAAAAAUCUAUUGCAGCAUAGUGGACAAGGAAGAGUUGCUUUCCAUGGCGUUUGUUGUGCAUCUUACCAGAAUACAUCUUUUUAAAUAUCUACACAUGUGCAUAAAAGGCUCAUUUGUUUUUGUUUUUUUUUUCCCCAGUUGCUACAAUUUUGAGAUAAAUCCCAUAACCCAGUGGUGUUAUUACUGUAGUGAAAAAUUCAGAGUCCCAUGAAAGUCAGCUUGGAAAUAACUGGGUUGGCAGCCUCAAAUUAACAUAUAUAUUACUUAAACGUAAUCUUUUCAGUAAGAUGGAGAGCAUUCCGCAGCAAAAUUAAUAACAAGGCGCUUAUCGAAGAGGACGGGUGUGGAAUGUAGCCGAGCUCACAAUAUUACAAGACGGAAAGAGACAGGAAAGCACAACACGGUGUGAGUGUUGCAGGAGAUGGAUGGGCAUCCCAGAGGGGACGUCACGGGAAAAAGAAAGCAGAAGGACAGUCCACGAAUCCUUACCUGGCAGGGAAGCCAGUAUGAUGGGAAGUCCAAAAGAGACACCAGCAUCCAGAUAACGUUGAUCUUGUUGGCUGAGACAAAUGAGUUGACUUCAGAGGAAGAGAUGUCAGAAUGUAGAAAUGAGAUCCCUGCGGAAAUGCUGGGAAAAAGGAUGAAAGUACAGAAGAGGUUCAUGAGGCACAUCGCACUGUCAGAUCGGACUUGUCCAAAGUGGUCUCCAAGCAUGCUAGCCAGCUCCAAUAUUGAGAAUCGUUCACUUUCACCAUGGGGAUACAGGAUAAACAGACAAGCGGGACGCUUUCCUGAAACUAUCAUGGAAGCCCACUGCCUGUGCCCCGGAUGUCUUGAUCUGAAAAGGCAGACGUUUACCAUGGACUACGUGUCAGUCCCCAUCACCAGGAAGGAGAGUGUCUACUACAUCGAACAAUGCAAAAACGGCAAGUUCAGAUAUAACCAAGCCUGGAUUGAAGUGGCAGUGGGCUGCACGUGUGCGGCCCCCAGGACGGUCAGCAGUUCAUGAACUCAGCACACCGUCGUAUCUUUACUGUCGUUCACCACAAUGCCACACUGCGGUACCAGGACACACCUGUCCCACCGUGGCAGUGCUGGGCAUCUUUAUGCUGCGAGAUGCAUGAGCUACUCGGAAUCUACUCGCUCAUAUAUCCAGGCUCAUUAUUUUCUUUUUAAUUUAGUCGAGUAAAACUGAAAAUUGCACAACUG